GUGGUCGCGCUGGCGCAGCUUCCUCGCGGGCGCCGCCCGGCGGCAAGAAAGGGACGGCAACCGCGGCCCUGGGCAUGACGUACGCGGCCGAGGCUGGCGGUGCGUGGUGGAGCCCCCAGCCAAACGCAACGGCGGCCUCGCGCCUCCUCAUGCAGGCCAUCAGGACGGAGGCGUCCAAGGGCACGCUGUCGGACGCCGUCGUCCCCGAGGUGAUCUUCCAGGCGCUGUUUGCCCUCGAGGACCUGGACACUGGAGACGCGUCGCGGCGCGACGAGAUGUAUGGCAUCGUCCGCGAAGCCCGCGGGCACUUCAACGAUGUCUGGGUGCGGACUGCUCUUGACGCGGCGCUGGGCGGGCUCUGA